AUGGCGACCAAAAAGUGCGCCGCGUUAGUCGUGGGCGCCGGUCCCGCGGGAGUAGCGGCGAUGGGCAAUUUGCUCGCACGCCAGCUGGGCGCCAUCGCUUGGGUUGAUCCUAGCUUCGAAUCGGGCCGUGUGCAUCGCAAAUAUCGCGAGGUGCCGAGUAACACCAAAGUCGGCCUGUUCCAGUCGUUCGCCACAGCUGUUGAACCCUUUCAGAAGAUCACGGAGGCUACACCCAAGCCUAACGCAUUCACUAGAUUGGCCAAGCUAGAUCAAGAACAGACUUGCAAGCUAUCUUAUGCUGCAGACAUGGUGCGGGCCCUCACGGAAGGCCUGGUCAAGAUGGAGCCCGUGAAUGCGUGCCGCGGUUUCGUAACGGCAGCCAAACUCGACAGUACGUCACCGAGUGACUCCCGGUGGUCUGUGAGCGUACAGCAACAUAGCGCCCAAAGACCCAUCACCAUUCAAACGGCGCAUUUGGUUCUAUGCACCGGCGCACAUCCCACGGACAUGUCUCUUCCCAUACCCGAUCUCGACAUCGCCCGGUUAAAUCUCGAUACAGUCUUGAAACCGUCCAAGCUUGCAGCAAUUCUCCCAGUUGAUCAGGCAGCUACCGUAGCCGUCGUGGGUGCCUCUCACAGUGCCAUUCUCGCACUCCUCAACCUCGUCACUCUUGCACGCGAGUCCCAUCCCCACUUGCGAGUGAAGUGGUUCACGCGCCACCCACUCCGCUAUGCAGAGUACAAGGAUGGCUGGAUCCUGCGGGACAAUACCGGUCUCAAGGGUCUCGCCGCGGACUUUGCACGCGCAGAACUCGAAGACGACAGACUGCCUUCCUCGCCCGCAGGUCAAGUCGUCGAGAAAAUCGACUGCGGGGGCGGGCCCGCCCGCGAAAACGCUCAGUACGAGGCCCAUCUCCCUCGUUGCUCUCACAUUGUCCAUGCAGUCGGUUUUACGAGGGAUCCACUGCCGCACCUUACCAAGGAUGGGAACCCCGUGAGCAUGGAAUUUGACCACAAUUCAGGACGGUUCCAUGAGACUGAUGGUGGAUCAGUGAUUCCGGGCCUCUUUGGCGCGGGAAUUGCGUUUCCCGAACGAGUCGUUGAUCCUCAUGGGAAUGCAGAAUAUGCCGUUGGAUUCUUCAAGUUCAUGAAGUUUUUGAAGAGAGUGGUUCCUUCUUGGGUGUCUUGA